GAGGGUCACACAGAGAACACAGAGGUGCUGUUCUACAGCCAGGCCCAAGGGGUGGGUCCCAUACUCUGCUCACUAUGUAAGUAGGGGGUCAGUAGUAAGGGGUCACUGCUUUCCUGGGAUUCCUCACUGACAGUCAUCUCCACCAAGCUGAUAAGAAAUGGCUGAGGGACAGAGCGAGGUGGAACAGGCCAUUGUGACGUUAGUCUCGUGCUUCUAUAAACACGCAGGGGAGGAGGGACAACAAGAGACACUUACCUCUGAGGAGUUCAACAAACUGUUAAAUGAAGAGUUUCCUCAACUCACACAGGAUGUGUCUCUAGAGGACAAGCUGAAGGAGCUGGACCUGAACAAGGACAACGAGCUGAACUUUAAGGAAUACUGGAGGCUGAUUGGAGAACUGGCCAAGGCAAAGCAGAAAGAUCUGAAGGACAAGAAGAAAUGAGCUGAUUGUGGAGAGGAGACUGGGCAGGGGGUGGAUGGGGCAAGUGACUGUUCUAUUGAAUAAAAACAAAGCAAAGUCAAA